AUGGUCCGCACGCUGUAUGCCAUCGGUGCCCUGUUUCUUCUGAUGGGGUUCCUGCUGCCAGCGGCCGAAGGGAGAAAGCGGAAUCGUGGAUCUCAGGGUGCUAUCCCUCCUCCUGUCAAGGAUCAGCCCAAUGAUUCGGAGCAGAUGCAGACACAGCAGCAGUCAGGCUCCAGGCACCGAGAGCGAGGAAAGGGCACCUCGAUGCCUGCUGAGGAGGUGCUGGAGUCCAGCCAGGAGGCGCUGCACAUCACUGAGCGCAAGUACCUGAAGCGGGACUGGUGCAAAACCCAGCCCCUCAAACAAACUAUCCACGAGGAAGGCUGCAACAGCCGCACCAUCAUCAACAGGUUCUGCUACGGCCAGUGCAAUUCCUUCUACAUCCCCCGGCACGUCCGUAAAGAAGAAGGCUCCUUCCAGUCUUGUUCCUUCUGCAAGCCCAAGAAAUUCACCACUAUGACUGUUACACUCAAUUGCCCCGAGCUUCAGCCCCCAAGAAAGAAAAAAAGAAUCACCCGAGUUAAGGAGUGCCGGUGUAUAUCUAUUGACUUGGACUAA